GCAUGUACAGCCGUCCACAUAGCGAGUGAACGGCAGCAGAGCAAGCCAGCGGUUCGUGGAGGAGCGCAGCGUUUCCGUGACUUCAAUCACGGCUCUCUCUCUCUCUCUUUCUGACUCUCUCUCUCUCUCUCUCUCUCUCUCUCUCUCUCUCUCUCUCUCUCUCUCUCUCUCUCUCUCUCUCUCUCUCUCUCUCGCUUUCUCUUCCCUUGCUCCACUCAUGCAUCCUCCUCUCGUGUUUCAGACAUUGCGCGGAUGAGUUUGGAAAAGGAAAAGUUUCACGGCUUUCUCGUCUCGUGCCCCUUUAUUGUAGAGCGGUGGUGGUGGUGGUGGUGACGGGGAAAGGCUGUGGCGCAGGGCGACACUGCGGGGUGUCCGGUUUCAUACCGUGCGCUAGGAGCGACUGGGACGGAACGCUCGUCAGCUGGGGGGGCAAAUACAUCGACGCCACCGACGCGAAAGGAACAGGGCUAGAGUCUAGAAGGAGAUAGCCAGCACGUCUAGUGCAGGGGAUACGUGGGCAUUGGUGUUUGCUCAACAGAGACGAGAACAACGAGGAUAUUUGACCUUUUUUCCAGUCUACCUUUUUUAUUAUUUGUUGUUGUGAAAACACUUCUGACUGGACCAGACUCACAGCUCGUCGCUCGCCGCUAGAUGAACGGGAGUUGGGCACCUCACUUGGUGUGUUGUCUCUGUGAUGCUCUUAGCCCCCUGAGGCCAGAGGAGAAGUGAGUCAGGCCCAGCCCUCCCCCCUUCAUGGGACACCCCCUUACCCAGCAUGCACUGCUGCUCCUGCAGUGCAUGCUGGUCCUGCGACCAGGAGGCGUGGCGGGUCGGAGAGGGCCGGUUCUGCUGCCCGAGUCUCCCUGUUAUAAAACCGAGCACCCUCUGGUGCCACACUCAGAAAUGGAGCCAUGGAUCUUCAGGUUUAAGGCAGAGGGCACGGUGGAUUUCUCACAGCUGACCUUCGACCCCGGCCAGAACGAACUGAUUGUGGGCGCCAGAAAUCAUCUCUUCAGACUCAGUCUGGAAGACCUGACACUUAUUCAGGGGGCAGAGUGGCACUGCGAUGAGUUCACCAAGGGAGCCUGCUUCAGCCGGGGAAAGUCUGAGGAGGAGUGCCAGAACUACAUCCGCGUUCUGCUGGUGAACGGCAACAGGUUGUUUACCUGCGGAACCAACGCCUUCACUCCCAUCUGCACCAACCGAACGCUGACCAACCUGACAGAGAUCCACGACCAGAUCAGCGGCAUGGCGCGCUGCCCCUACAACCCGCGCCACAACUCCACCGCCCUCAUCACGUCCGCCGGCGAGCUCUACGCCGCCACCGCCAUGGACUUCUCGGGUCGCGACCCCGCCAUCUACCGCAGCCUGGGGGGCAUGCCCCCGCUCCGCACCGCGCAGUACAACUCCAAGUGGCUCAACGAGCCCAACUUCGUCUCGUCCUACGACAUCGGCAACUUCACCUACUUCUUCUUCCGGGAGAACGCGGUGGAGCACGACUGCGGGCGCACGGUGUUCUCGCGCGCCGGCCGCGUCUGCAAGAACGACAUCGGGGGCCGCUUCCUGCUUGAGGACACCUGGACCACCUUCAUGAAGGCGCGGCUCAACUGCUCCCGGCCCGGGGAGAUCCCCUUCAACUACAAUGAGCUGCAGGGCACCUUCUACCUGCCCGAGAUGGAGCUGCUCUACGGCAUCUUCACCACCAACGUGAACAGCAUCGCUGCCUCCGCGGUGUGCGCCUUCAAUCUCAGCGCCGUCACGCAGGUCUUCAGCGGCCCCUUCAAGUUCCAGGAGAACUCCCGGUCGGCCUGGCUGCCCUUCCCCAACCCAAAUCCAGACUUCCAGUGCGGCACCAUCGACUACGGCUCCUACGUCAACCUGACGGAGCGCAACCUGCAGGACGCCCAGAAGUUCCUGCUGAUGCACGAGGUGGUGCAGCCCGUGGUGCCCGUGCCCUACUUCAUGGAGGACAACGUGCGCUUCACCCACGUGGCCGUGGACGUGGUCCAGGGCAAGGACCAGCUCUUCCACAUCAUCUACCUGGCCACAGACUAUGGCACUAUCAGGAAGGUGCUCUCCCCUCUGAACCAGUCCAUGGGGAACUGCCUGUUGGAGGAGAUUGAGCUGUUCCCUCCCAGGAAGAGGCAGCACAUCCGCAGCCUGCUGAUCCUGCACAGCCGCAGCGAGCUCUACGUGGGCGUCCGCGACCAGGUUCUUAAGAUACCGCUGAAGAGGUGCAACUACCACAAGACCAGAGAGUCGUGUGUGGGGGCCAGGGACCCUUACUGCGGCUGGGACCUGGUGCUGAAGAAGUGCACCACUCUGGAGCAGAGUGUUCGGAUGAGCCAAUGGGAGCAGAGCAUCACCAAGUGCCCUGUGCGUAACGUGACGGUGGACGGGGGGUACGGCGCCUGGGCGAGCUGGGCUGCCUGUAGUCAUAACGACGGCGGCAGUGGGGGCGCCUGCCUGUGUCGGACGCGGGCGUGUGAUAAGCCCGCCCCCCAGUGCGGCGGCCAGUCCUGUCAGGGUAUCAGCGUGGAGGUCGCCAACUGUUCACGGAACGGCGCGUGGACCCCCUGGACCCUGUGGUCCCCCUGCAGCACCAGCUGUGGCAUCGGCUUCCAGGUCCGCCAGCGCUCCUGCAGCAACCCCACGCCCCGCCACGGGGGCCGUGUGUGUGUGGGCCAGAACCGGGAGGAGCGGUACUGCAACGAACACCUGCCAUGCCCGGCACACGUCUAUUGGUCUGCGUGGUCGGCAUGGGAACGGUGCACGGUGCCGUGCGGAGGAGGCAUCCAAUCGCGACGCAGGACCUGCGAGAACGGAAACGAGUGUCCCGGGUGUAGCCAGGAGUACCAGUCCUGCAACACGGCGCCCUGCCCCGACCUGAAGAAGACCACGCCCUGGACGCCGUGGACGCCCGUCAACAUCUCCGACAACGGCGGCCACUACGAGCAGCGCUUCCGCUACACCUGCAAGGCGCGCGUGGCCGAGGCCAGCCUGCUGGAGGUGGGGCGGCAGCGCAUCGAGAUGCGCUACUGCUCCAGCGACGGCUCCACGGGCUGCUCCACCGACGGCGAGGUGCUCCGGCUGGGCAGGCUCUCGGGCCACGCGGUCAGCGGUGGCUGGACUCCCUGGAGCUCCUGGGCCCAGUGCAGCAGAGACUGCAGCCGGGGGGUCCGCAGCCGGAAGAGGUCCUGCAGCAACCCCGAGCCCAAGUACGGGGGGCAGACCUGCAUGGGAGCGGCGCAGGAGUAUCAGGAGUGCAACGUCACCCCCUGCCCAGUGGACGGGAGCUGGUCCUGCUGGUCGUCAUGGUCGCGCUGCUCCGUGACCUGCGGGGGGGGACAUUACAUGAGGACCAGGACCUGCAGCAACCCCCCACCGGCCCACGGAGGAGACAUCUGCCUGGGCCUGCACACUGAGGAGGCCCUGUGCAACACACAGCCCUGUCCAGAGAGUUGGUCCAGCUGGUCAGACUGGUCCCAGUGUGAAGGGGCCGUGUCCCAGAUGCGAGUGCGCCACUGCGAUGUCCUCUUCCCUACUGGGAACCAGUGCUCAGGCAACAGCACCGAGACCAGACCCUGCCCGCCCGACUCCAACUUUAUAUCAGAAGUCUCCAUUGCCCGCUCAAGUCAAGAGGAGAUUUACUGUGGAGACUUCAACCUGUUCCACAUGAUGGCGGUGGGUCUGAGCAGCUCCAUCUUGGGCUGCCUGGUGACCCUGCUGGUGUACUCCUACUGCCAGCGGUACCAACAGCAGUCCCACGACGCCACCGUCAUCCACCCGGUGUCGGCGCCGCUCAACACCAGCAUCACCAACCACAUCAACAAGCUGGACAAAUACGACUCGGUGGAGGCCAUCAAGCCAGACGUCUCGGUACUCUUGCCACUGGACGACCCCGGCAUGCGCCAGCCACUAUCUGCUAACAUGGGCGUGUCCAUGCGUGGCCUGGAGAUUUUCUACUAACCACUCUACAACAUCACGCCUCUCCAAAAAAAAUAAAAAAAAUACCCCCCCCACCCCACCCCUCCCCCACAAACCAAUCCCACCCAACGCAACAACUCUUUCAAAAAAAACAAAAAAACACAACCUCUACUACUUCCUGCUUCCCCAACGAGCCCCCCCUCCAACUUCCUGUGUGUGGCAGGCCUUCAACAAGAACAAUCUGCUCCUGGAGGAGAGGAACAAGUACUUCAAUCCUCAACUCACCGGAAAGACCUACACCAAUUCCUUCUUCACCGACCUGAACACCUACGAUGACUAUUAAAGCACUCGUAGCGACAGCCUAGAGGCCUGUGCACAUCAGGACGCAAAAUCCAUUGAGAGCCUCAACUUUUUUCUCACUGUUGCUUUAUAUUAAAAAAAAAUCUUUUUUGCCUGAGACAACCCGACCGCUGAGAAAAAAAUGGCAGCUGGUAUUCGAUUAAAGAAAAGACUUGCAGUAUCGCCGGCAGAGAGAAACACACACCCUUUUUUUCUCCCUCAGGUGCCUUGGGGUGCACUUGGGAAGCUCUUUCGCUGUAUUUGUGUGUGUGUGUGUAAGUAUGUGUGUGUUCCCGUCAAGGUGGCGGAAAAAAAUUAAAUAAAAAAUAAGCCAACUCUUAAGAGAUUGCAGGGAAAUGAUCUCUUCAAACACUGACAUCUCUUUAAAAAGAAGACGGUGUUGUCGUUUUUUGGUCUACAAAAGGAGAAACAUAACCAACCACCAAAUCUUGAUCUGCAUGAAGUCAUGUGUCCUUCCCCCCCCCCCCC